GCAUGUGGGCGCGAGUGCAGUGCAGCGCCCUGGCGGAGGGGCAGCGGGGCUUGACCCUGGCGAAGCACAGCCGUUUCGGGUGGAUGGGGCAGCGCGACUUCACCGCGGUCGACCUGGUGGACUUCCUUGGCCAAGAAGUGCCAUCGCAGGCAGCUGCGCGGCUGACGCCCUACCGCGCCCACGGCCUGGGUGCGCUAGUCCACGGGUGGCUUUGCGACCGCCGCCCGCGCGCCAAGGGCGCGCGGAACGUCCCAGCGGUUUGGCUGCCCCUGGGCGGCCGCGGGCGCUGA